AUUUCCGCGUGAGUUGCUAUGGCGGUCUUUUCAUUUUAUCGGCAAACAAUUUUGCAUUGAUGUGAAAUUACAAUUAUUAAACAUCUUGUUAGGCUAAAAUUAUGUGGCGUAGAUAUUAUUUGCGUGAAGAUGUAAAUACAGGUGGACAUUCUAACACACUGAGAUGUUGGGAUAAAUAGAUCAAAAUUUCAUGUUAUAUUAUUUUAGUUUUUGUUUGUGAUCUUGUUCAAGUGCUAGUUAUCAUCAUGAGUUGUUACAGUAAAGAGAAUCUCAAUAGAAACGAUUACAAUAACGUAUGUAAAAGCCACUCUGCCAGGUCCGAUCGAGAAAUCUAUAGAAUAUGUCCAUCAAAAUUAAGCAAACGUGAACUAGAAGAUUUAUACUUUUCUCUUCUUGAGAACAAUUUGGAAUUGAAACGGACUGUGAAUGGACAGCAGGAUAAGAUCAAGGGUCUGUCUUCAAAGGUGCAGCGGAUGACCACUGCACAGCGGCUGCUGCAGACCAAGGAGUACAAGGACUGCUGUGUCGGCAGCAAGUUUGUCAUCAAUGAACAGAGAGAGUCUAUAACAGAACUGAGACGUGAGAACCAGAAGCUGUCGGACAAACUGCAGCAGUUAAACAUGAGGAUGUGCUCAGCGAAGCAGUUCCACAAGAAGUCACCGUCACAACCUUCCACGUCCAGGUGUGUGCGGUGUGCUACUGUCACCACCGGACAACCAAUGAUGAGAAGAAACAAUGACAAGUCGAGUGAAGCUGUUCCCAAGAUGGCCACCUCCAUGCAUUGUGAUGAAGCCCCAAUGAGUGCGAAAUCCGCGCAGACAGAAGACGUCCCUAAAAAAGGGUGCACCGUCGAACGAUCAUGUGAUGAAAACAAAUGUAAAACUGCCAUGCAAGAGUUGAAAAUGAAAAUCGCCGCUUUACAAGAGGAGCUAAGCUUGGUCCACGAGGACUACUCGGCGCGGCUGACGCGGCUGGAGACGGAGGUGAUGGACGUGCGGCGCGAGAACGCGCGCGUCGCGGGCGAGCGCACCGCCAGCCUGCACCAACUCGAGACCGAGAUGCAGAAGAACGGAGAGGUCAUGGCGGAGUAUAGGACUGCUGAGGCUAGAUGCGCGGAACUGGAAGCGGAACUAGCAAUAGAGCGGCGCAAGGUGGCUGAGCUAGAGACUCAGCUGAAAGCCGCCAACAUGUCCGACAAGGUCAACAGGACUAUAGAGGACCGUCUCACCAGUAUUAACGAAAUUAAUGGCCCUACCAAAUCUGCCACCGGUGGCACUCCUAGAAGCACUAUCAGUGGAAUGGCUACCCAUAGAACUUCCAAUGGCAUCACGAAAGCCUCUACCAAAGGCAUAACGAGGGCUACCAGCGGUGCCCUGUCCAGAACUAUGACUAGUUCUACCACCAGAACUUCCGGCGCUACCAAAUCUACCACUAACGGCAUUACUAAAACUACCACCAAAUCUACCACUAAUGGUACCGCCAAAUCUACCACUAAUGGCACUACCAAGGCUAAAGCCCCCUGCUGCCCCGGGCCUGCCAUCGCUAAUGUUGUUCCUCAAGCUACUGCCACUACAGAUACUACCUCCAAAGAAAUCACCGAUGCCAAUGCCACAACCGAAACCGCCACCAAAGAAAUCACCGAUGACAAUAUUAGUACCAAGGCCACCAUCGAUGACAAUAUUUCUCCCCAGGCCACCGAAACCACCGAUGACAAUAUCCCUACUAAUGCUACCACCGAUGACCCUUUGAUUGCCACCAAAACGGCAACCACCGAUGGCACUGGCUCUCCUACACGCGAUGCACAAGAAACAGAGGACAGUUCAUCAAAAGUCACUUGUCAAUGUAUAGAACCUAGCGAGGAAAAGCCCUCUACUACAGCACGCGAAUCCGUUACUAUCGAGGAAAAGCCCACUACUACAGCACGUGAUUCCGUUACUACCGAGGAAAAGCCCACUACUACAGCACGUGAUUCCGUUACUACCGAGGAAAAGCCCACUACUACAGCACGUGAUUCCGAUACUAAAGGGACGAGAGCUAAAGAUUGUGACUGUGGCUCAGGCGAAAUGUUGGAACCAGAGCUUGCGGGUGCUUCCUCUACGUCUGCUACUAAAUGGAAUGCUUGCAUCCGCCUGGUCCUACAUGGUAUCCACGAUAUGUUGCAGGGUGAUGCCAACGGCACCAAAUAUGCCAUAUGUGCCUGUCACCCCCCACAAGAUACCUCCAGUUCAGACAGAAAACUCAAAAACUUAGAGUGCAGAUGUAAAGCUUGGCAGAAAGCUAUGGAACUCCUAGAAGAGGACUCGAGGUGCAGGAAGUGCUGCUACAAAGAGCUCGACGUCCGCGUCAUGGAGUCUAUAGCUAAAAAUGUAGCCCGUACUACUGCUACCACCACUCCUACCGCCACCGCUACCACCGCCACCGAUACCACCGCCAAAUCUACUGCAUCUACCGCCGCCACCACUACCACCGCCAAAUCUACUGCAACUACCACCGCCACCGCUACCACCGCCAAAUCUACUGCAACUACCGCCGCCACCACUACUGCUACCAUCGCCACAACUACUGCCACCACUACUGCCACCACCACGGCUACCACUACCACCACCGCCACCGCCGCGGGAGACACACUGGCCCCAACCAGACGGAAUGAGGCCACAACUAAAUCAUCUGAUGAUUCAGGAUACGCGGAGUCCAAUCGGAGCCAGGACAAUGAUGAACUGGGUAUACAUAAACUAAACAAACAAUUGUUGGCCAAAGUUCUGGAACUGCAAAGUGAAGUAGCAUCCUUGAGAAGGGCUCAGGAGAGCCACAUGUUAGAAACUAAGAAGAAGCUUGGUGAACCAAUGGCUGCUUCCACGAGAACGGAACGACAGACCAGAGUGGAACAAACCACGACUCAGACGUCGGCAAAAGUUGAUGAGGCUUCAACCAGAUCUGCGAAAAACAGACCAUACCAAGAUAUCGUAGAGAAGAGCGAGGCUAGCAAACUUGCCCGGCAGUACACGGCCGCGGUCACGCAGGAACCUGACGAUAACAUCAGCAUCGUCACUCAAUACAGACCCGACCUGGAACCGACGUCCGGCGGCCCGGCGUCCACACAGACAGACGGCAAGCUGAAAGUACUGAAGGCAAUGCCUCCUCUACAGGUGUCCAGUGCCCUCAACUUGCAGGCCGGACUCCUUAAACCAGAAGUUGUGGCAGACAAACCGAGGAGUACUCAGGCUACGGAGACUAAUGAUCCAAGUAAGAUGCAGCCGGUACACGAUAGGUUUAGAUUCACAGACACGGCCCAGCAGGGUGAACCGAGCCGCGCCACGGACCACAAGCAGGCUGACAGACUGGGCGUCGACAACCCGUUCUCGGUAUCCGCGAGCAGCCUGGCUAGCAACCCCGACAUUGGCGUGAUAAUGCAUUCCAAGUUGGCUAGGAACAGUGUCCGGGAGAGAGGCACCGCGGUGAAGCUAUACGACGGCGCCGACACUGAGGACUCCACCCCGCUGAAGCUGCCCAUGGCCGAGGCGCUGGUGGCCACGCAGGCCGCUACUGGGACGCAGGCUGAGAACGUCUCUACCCCGGAGCUGUGCGAGCAAUGUGCCGCCUGCACAUUCGAUAGAGAGUGUGCAAUGCGACGUAAGAAUACGAUUGACUCCGCCACCUUGAGUAUUGGGAAGGGAAGUAAAAAGGAACAAGCUCCAAAAUCCGACGAGCACAAUAGCUUGCAAAUACCAGGACCCUUGCCGACCGACAACUACAAGGAGAAGAAACGCGGCGUGUUCAGUCGAUUCUCUCUCGAGAAGAAAAAAGAUAAAUUGAAACAAAAUAAUAAACAUGAGGUUGUGACCAAUGUAGCGGUCGCGAAGAACACGAGCGCCACCGCGGACGGCCCCAUCAAGCUGCCCGACGUGCCGCUCAUCGACCAGCCCGGGGACGACAGCGCGCGGGACGUGCCGCGGCAGAACUCCUUCACCGUCAACAAGGACUCUGCCAACAUACAACGCAAGAGGAACUCGCAAGAUAGGCGAACGUCUACGGGGCUUAAAGACCAGGGCGCAAAUAUUAUGGAAGUACCGAAUUACGGGGAGCCAGUGUUCAGUGACCGAAUUGCGCCCAUCGUGGGGGACGGGUACAAGACUGACUACGAAGACGAACCGAUGAAGGUGCAGACUCAGGAGCAAGCCAGUCAAGUCUCGCCUGACUUGCAGUCGAUGCUGCGCGAGCGCGCGGGGUCGCUGCGGCGGCGCGACGUGUCGGUGUACCGGCGCGGCAGCGGCACGCUGUGCUACCGCGCGCUGCCCGCGGACUACGACCCCACCUGCCGCUGCCCCGGACAGGUCGACGGACACUGCCUGCCGCUGCCUAUCAACAAAGGUGUACAAGUGCAGGAUGAGUCGGCGACCCGCCGGGUGUCCAUAUUCUCGGAGCAGCAAACGUACUCGGUGCCCAACAAAGAGAAACGCAGCGCCUCCUUCGACAACACUGACUAUGAAAUGACCUACAUCUCCGAUUUACCUUAUGAAAAAGAAGUUAAGAGACCCGAUAAGGGCAGAGCCCUGUCCCCGGGCGAGGACAAGACGACGACGACCAGCACGUACACGGAUUCCUACGGCUCACCUACCACCAACUACUACUCGCUCAGCGAGGGCGAAGUCCCCACUUGUACUAAAAGGAAGGUCUCCUACCAACAUGACAAAUACAGACAAGAUGACAAUACCGGAGCCCCAAGGUCGGAGCAGUCCGCAGCAAAGAUGGAGGCCGCCCUGCGAGCUAUACAGGAGGAACUGGCUCGCUGCAAGUCCUUGCUCCAGGCACAACGACCUGCCGAGCAGUGCGGGCGGCGCAUGUCGAGCGGGUCCCAGACGUCCGUGUCGGACAUGUCGCGGCCCAUCGCCCUGCGGCCCACCGUGGCCACGCAGAGCAUCGGCGACGCCUGCGUGCCCAAGUGCAACUUCACACUGCACAUCGGAACCAUCGUGCUGUCCGACGAGGCGGUGCUCAGCUCCCGCGACAAGACGAUGGUGCUGACGUGGAAGUUCUACGACCAGAACGUGGCCAUGACGCGCAUGCGCCCCGGACGCGUCGUACUCUUCGACUUCUCCACCGAGUAUGACGUCAGAAUCACCGACCACUUCCUCAACUAUAUGAAGCAUGAGGAGAUGAAAAUAACAAUCUGCGAGCUGAACAAGGAGAACCAGCCGUUCGCGACAUGUUCCCUCCCACUCCGCGAGGCCCUCCUCCACACCAACCGGCGCGCCGACAUGUCGCUGGCACUGCUGGCCGGCCCGCGCCUCAUGCGGGUCCACGACGCACUGGACGGCGGGGACGAGGUCGGGGUCAUCGACCUCUGGUGCAUGCUCAGGGCCGAGGCACACCUACUGCCCGGCAUCAACCGCGCCAUAGCACAGCAAACAUCAACGCCGACGCUGGUCCAGUCCGCGGUGCCCCGCAACUCGCGCGUGAUGCCGCAGAUCCUGGACGAGGACCACUACAACGAGUAUGACCUCAACACCACGCCGCGCUCCCCUGAACCACCACCACAAUUCGACAAGAACGCCACCAGAGAUGAGUACAAUCGAACCUCGUACUACUGGAAUACGCCGAGAACCGCGCCGGUCUCCGUGAGUGACGGCCCUUUAAAUAUGAGGAGAGACGAAAUCAUUUAUGACCCGAGCAACUACCCUCCGAUGCGCCAGCGCCGGUUCAGUGCCACGUCGACGUCCACCAACCUCACCACCAACACUCCCACCUCUCCCUCGGCAGCUAACUUACUCCAUGAGAAUCCGGAACAUGAUUCCGGGAUAAUUAUUAAUGACGUGCAAACUAAAAUCAAGUCACAUGACGAUAUGAGGCAAGUUCUGGAAAAAAACUAUGACAUGGGCAGAUUGGCCAAAGCCGAUGAUGACACUACGUCAAAACUAAACUCAAGCUUUGGCUCAUUAAAAAGUACGGCCAAGUUACAUCGAAGAGGCAGCCGCUACCCCCACAAACGUGAAUCUCAGCGCGCAGAAUUGCAAAAUGAAAGGAGAAGCAGUAGAGCCACGGAUGACAAGUACGACACCAGCGACAUGGAGAUAUACAGGAAAUAUGAAAACAUUGGCAAGCUCAUAGGUCCCAAUAGGAAUGAAGCUUCAAAGAAGUGCGUUAAGAUCUUACCGAAGUAUAGCUCAGGGGUGGAGGAACCGCAAAGGGGCACAUAUCCCCAGGACGAAGACUACCAGACUGACGAGGAAGCAGUGAGUGGCGGGCAGCGCCUGGCCAUCACGGUGCUGUGGCUGGCCCUCAACGAGGAGUGCGAGGCCAUGAUCGACCCGCACGUGCAGCGCGUCUACGUCGCCUACACCUUCCUCGGCCGGGCGGGCGCCGAGCUCGAGACUCCCGUCAGCCUGCCCAAGCCUAAACACUAUGUUGAUAAGUGCUACUUUAACUUUAAGAAGACGUUCGAGUUAGAGGACACGGACCUAAUGAAGCUGAGCCACAUGGCGCGAUGCCGCGCCGCCAGCAAGAUGUCGCAGGACGAGCGGGACUGCAUCAUCUUCUCUGUAGUCAGUGAACCUGCUGAGGAUCCACUGGGACUCGAGAGCUGUGAGGAUAUUGGGUACGCGUACCUGUACCUGGGCGACCUGCUGGCGUACAGCGCGGGCAGCCCCGGGUACACGGAGGUGCUGCCGGUGCGCGCGGCGCGGGGCCCGGCCGCGGUGUGCGGGGUGCUGGCCGUGCGACUGGACGGACUCGACGUCGUGCGCCGCUGUCUACUGCUGGCCUCGCACGACGCACAUGGAUGACGUCUCCACAUGUCCAAACACUGCUAGCUACUUUACGGGUGUCGUCACUCUAUCUGCGCGUGGAUAGAUGUGUCAAUUGAUAGAUCACUAUCGGAUUGGCGGUUGGAUAUAGAGAUGACCGCAAGUUCUACAUUCCUAUGAUCGAUCCAGAACCAGUAAUUAUUUUGUACCCAAUAGUUUGUUUUCGAGUAAAUUAAAGUAACUUUAUUUAUU